AUGGCGAACGAAAAUACUCCGAACAUUGAAUUACCAUAUGUCCCUUCCGUUUUGGAACGGACCAAUAGCGUCAUGGACAGGUUUCAAGUUUGUGUGGCUGGAAAGUCAAACUUGCUCUUGGACUUUGAUCCCAUCGUCGACGGAGACGUUGAUAGCCUAACAGAUGUAAGUAAUUCAUCUGCAAAUAGAGACUUACAAGAACUAGAGACAGUAUUUACAAAGCUGAAAAGAUUACAAGUUCAAAGGAAUUAUUUUGAAGUUUGUUUAGUGAAGCGCAUUAUACCGCGUGGGCUCCGCGUUUUAAAGAUGCCCACAUCUGGCGUUUUAUUUCCUGACCUCUUGUACCGAUGGCAGCAGCUCAAUUUAGAGCUUAGCUACAGCUAUAUGAAUUUGUUAAUUGAAUAUCAUUUGCCCGAGGAGAAUCGUUUGAGAGACAUGGUGAAUAAACUUCUUAAUGACUUUAAAAGUAAAUAUGUUGAUAAUGUAUAUUUAGAAAGACUCGGAAGAGUCUUGGAAAAUGUACUGUUGUUAGAAAAACGCUUAUUAGAUCAGAAAAAAACUAAAAUCACGAGGGAUAUACGUGAUUUUAAAAACAAUCAUGUUUUCACUUGGCCUAGGCCUGGAAAUAUGACACAACAAGGUAAUAAUAGACCAACCUUAUCACAAGGGGCCAUUAAUGGAACAGGAAGAAAUAAUGGGCAUGAAGAAAUGCACAGAAUGUUACCUAAUACUAGUACUAAUGUAAAUCUUAGUAAUGAGACACCAACUAUUAGUAAUAUGUCAGCAAGAAAAGAGAGUAUUGAUGUAAGUAAUGACAAUGGUAUUACCAUGAAUGUUAGGACUAACGCACUGGGAACAGAUCUGACGAAUAGUACUAGUAUGAAUGGAAAUUCUAUGUCAUCGCAAGUGCAAAGGAUGGUAAACAAGUCAGGGAUGGAUAGUGAGGAUAAAGGGAUGGACAGUGAAGAAAAUGACGGUAGAAAAGUGGACUCGGUUACUAGAUUAGUAGCAGACGUUAAGGCAAUUACUGCCUUUAUAGCUGAGUGGGAUUCCUGUGAUGAUGAGAUUAAAGUGUGGGGGGUAGGGGGGGAAAUAUAUAGAGUCUCUCUCAGGAGAUCAAGGUGUACAACCCAAAGCAGCAUUGAUGGCCAUGAAGAAAGUGAGGAUAUGAAAAAGUGUAAAACUCAAGUGCUUAUUCUGGUACUUCAUGGAGGUAACAUUCUGGAUUCAGGUGGUGGUGAUCUGAACAGCAAGAUUUCAGACGUCAAUACCCUCAGCUGUGUCUUUGAAAAAGUGACCCGGGCUCAUUUCCCUGCUGCUUUUGGACACAUUCUCAUCAAACUAAUCCCAUGCCCAUCCAUCUGCUCAGAGGCUUUCUCACUUGUUUCCAACCUAAAUCCUUACAGCUAUGAUGAAAAUUCCAUCAGUAGCAGUGAGGACCAUAUUCCUCUGGCUGCCUUGCCUCUGCUCGCAAUUUCUUCCCCACAGUAUCAAGAUGCAGUUGCCACAGUGAUCAGCAGGGCAAAUCAGACUUAUGGUGACUUCCUGAAAUCAGAGGAUGGAACAGGAUUCAGUGGCCAGGUUUGCAUAAUCGGUGACUGCGUUGGUGGAAUUAUAGGAUUUGAUGCCCUUUGCUACAGUGCCAGUACUACUGGAGACAGUCCAAACAGUAGCAGGAGAGGCAGUGUUAGCAGCACACAGGAUAACCCCAUCUCAUCAGAUGAGUCAAACUCCAAUCUCUAUGGAAGCAAACGUCUCAGCAAAAGCAACAUUGACAUUUCUGGAACAUCAGAGGAUGAGGAGCCAAGGAAGCAGUUGCCAAGGAAACAAAGUGACUCUUCUACCUAUGACUGUGAUUCCAUAUCACAACAUCAUGCUUUUCUGUCAAGUAUCCACUCGAGUGUGUUGAAAGAUGACUCAGAUUUUCAACCAGCAAGUAGUUCUAGUCUGUCAGAUGGAAAUCCGGGACGAUUUGAGUUUGAAGUAUCAGAUUUCUUCCUCUUCGGCUCACCACUUGGCCUUGUUCUUGCAAUGAGGAGAACAGUGUUACCUACAAUGGAAGCAUCAUCAAUUCGUCCUGCAUGUGGCCAAGUGUACAACUUCUUUCAUUCAGCUGACCCUUCUGCCUCAAGACUGGAACCCUUACUACUGAAAAAGCUUCACCAGCUAGCUCCAGUCAACGUUCCACGAUAUCAGAGAUACCCACUAGGAGAUGGAAAGUCUACACUUUUAGCGGAUGCUAUCCACAACAACUCUUCCGUUUUUCUUGAGACCAGUUCAUCCAGCACCCCUACAACUCCAGAAUCCCCAAACUUGCCCAUUGCUUCAUUGCAACAAAGGGCGAGAUGUUCUAGUCUGGUCAGCAUUAACAGUGAAAUCUCAGGAUCUUCAGAGAGUUUGCUGGCACUCAACAUUGCUAACAUCACUUCAAAAUGGUGGGGUACAAAACGGAUAGACUAUGCCUUGUACUGCCCUGAUGUUUUGACUACAUUUCCCACUGUGGCAUUGCCACAUCUUUUCCAUGCCAGCUACUGGGAGUCAACUGAUGUUGUGGCGUUCAUUCUGAGACAGGUGAUGAGAUAUGAAAAUGUUAACAUUCCAGAAAGUGAUUGGUCAGAGUCAUCUACAUUUAGCCCAUCUAAUCCAAAGGAGAAAUGGCUACGCAAGAGAACCCAUGUGAAGUUGAGAAAUGUAACAGCAAAUCAUCGUGUGAAUGAUGUCAUUGCCUCAGAAGAUGGUCCUAAGGUCCUAGUCGGUCGCUUCAUGUAUGGCCCACUUGAUAUGGUUGCUCUAACAGGUGAAAAGGUUGACAUCUUGAUCAUGUCUCAGCCUCCAACAGGCCGGUGGGUUUAUUAUGACACAGAAAUCACCAACAGCAGUGGUAGGAUAUCCUAUCUUAUCCCAGAUGAUAAGAAGCUUGGAGUUGGAGUAUAUCUUAUUAAAAUGGUUGUAAGGGGGGACCAAACAAGUGCAGAAAGUUACCUAACAGUACUGCCGAAGGGGAUGGAGUGCGUGGUAUUUAGUAUUGACGGAUCAUUUGCUGCAAGUGUUUCAAUUAUGGGGAGUGACCCUAAGGUCAGAGCUGGAGCAGUGGAUGUUGUCAGACACUGGCAGGACCUUGGCUACUUGAUAAUCUAUAUCACCGGUCGACCAGAUAUGCAGAAGCAACGUGUUGUUUCCUGGCUUGCUCAGCACAACUUUCCACAUGGAAUGAUUUUUUUUUCUGAUGGUCUUGUCCAUGACCCCCUGAGACAGAAAACAAUCUUCUUACGAAACCUAAUGCAAGAGUGUCAUAUAAAGAUCUCCUCAGCCUAUGGAUCAAUGAAGGAUAUCUCUGUUUAUAGUACACUGGGACUGUCACCAUCUCAGAUCUACAUUGUAGGGCGUCCAUCCAAAAAAUACCAAAACCAGUGUCAGUUUCUGAGUGAAGGUUAUGCAGCACAUCUAGCUAACCUAGAAUUCCAGCAUCAUUCACGUCUUAAGAAGACAAACACUCGUAUGAUUCUGCGGAAAGGAAGUUUUGGACUACAUGCCCAGCCUGAAUUUUUAAGAAAAAGGACUCAUUUACGUAGGACAAUGUCUGUACAGCAACCUGAUCCUCCCUCUACAAACCCUAAACCAGAACGCGCUCAGAGUCAGCCUGAAUCAGACAAAGACCAUGAGAGGCAUUUAGUACCAAUGGCAUGGGUUCGAGGAGGUCAUAAAUCAGAUUCACCAUCUUAAGACAUUGGUAAUUUUCAGUAUCAAAUGUUCACAUCAGUCUGUGGGUUGGCCUUUGAGGUGGUACUGGGACCAGCAUCAGAAUAAAGGCCAGAGAUAUGUGUCCAUACCAGCUUUAACCAAUCCAAAACUGAGGGACUACUAAGACAGCCUACUGUUACAUAAUUCCCAAUCCUUUUUUUGGGGAGAAUCACAAAUAUUCAGCUUCCACGUGGUAAGAAAUAUUAAUAUUGCUCAAGAUAAAGUCUUUGUCACGUCUGUCAAAGGUGGGAUAUAAUCUAUGGUUUGGCAAAUGUUUCCACAGUUCCUAGUUAGGUUCUCAGAAUGUUUAUCCUAAAUAUAUAUUUGCAGUAAUAAUAGCAUAGAUUUUCAUUUUGCAUUUUAUUAGACUGUUUAAGUCCUUUUCAGCAUUAAAAUGUGAAGCACUUAAAGUAACAUUUAGAAAAAUACAUGAAAUGUAUGGGUCUAAGACAUACCGGAAUGGAAACUUUGCCAGGAAAUGUAUGACAUGCUAAUGGUAAUAAUGUAUCAGCGUAGGUCAUACUUUUCCUGAAAACCUAAAAGGCUCAAGAGUUACACCCACAAUUGAUGAAGGAUAUUGUUCAACAAGGAGUGGAUUACAGAAGUUGAUCAGUUGAUAGAAUGAAAGCUUGCAGAGACUGCUGCUUACUUUACUCUGACCAUGGAAACUCAGUUGACUCUCAGAUAUAACAAAUGCCAUGCCACAGUGUUGGCAUGUUCAUCAAUAACAACAAAAUACUUCAAUAACAAAAAAGUACUACAAGGAAGCAGCUACUCUGUUGCUCUCAUUAAGGCUAGGAGAAACUGGAAUGGGAAUGGAAUGUUUUAUACCCAAUAAUGAAGCAUCGUUGUUUACAGUUCAUUGUCAGUUCUCUGAAUUAAGGAUAAACUAUGGCUUUACAGUGUGCAGUCUUACAGUGUUUGAUACGUUUGCAAUCAAAAUUUUGUUGCAUAUGAUUACAGUGUUAAAAACUCUAAGCUCCAAGCUUUCAUAACACAAAGCAGAACUUGAGUUUAGGGUUCUUUUGUUGUACUUGCACAGAGUGUCAGUUGACAGUGGUGUUAUUUAUAUAAUUUUGUAUUCGAUAAUAUACAGCUGAAGUCAAAGCUUAGAUGAGCCUCUUUAGAAUGUUACCGACUAAUACUGGUAGCAGUAGUCACGCCUCUUCUGAAAUCUUCAAAAGCUGCAUCAGUAUCUGAACUGUAAGAGAAUGCCUCUGUCACUACAGUGCUGUUUUAGAACAACAGUCCACAUUGGUACAACAGCCAAGUCAUGGGCAAUUAUUUAGUACACAUCCCUAAUGGACAGAUGGACAAGAAAUACAAAAUAUAGUGUGAAGUGUUCAUUUUCAUUAGUUCUCAUUAUGGGUAUCAUAUAUGCAGUGUUACAGACCUUAAAUGAGCUAAGAUGAAAACCUGGUAUGAGAAACUUUCAGCCUGUAAAAAUUGUAAAAAUGUGGUCUGUUUUGUCAUCACAUGAGCACUGAUGGUGUAAUAUAUGUUUCAGUACAGAUUUUUGAAAAAUAUGUAGGUUAAAUGUAAAGUCACCAGUGUAAGAUCUUGAGCUGAGCGUUUAAGUGUUAAUGAAUAUGUUUACCUUUUUUGAUACUUUUUGUGACUGGGAGAUACUGGGAUGGCACAUUUCAGUCUUAAACUUGGCACUGGUGAUCUGUAAAAAUAUCACAGCAGAUAAUGAUGGAACAAAUUCAGUGAUGCUGUCCACAUUAUACACAACUUGUGCACUGUAAAAUGCAAGGAAAAGACCAGCAUGGCACUAAAAGGCUAGUGUGCACUAGUGUUUCAAAAACCACGGUAUUGUGCAACAAUUAGGCAGCUGGUGUGUAGUUCAUAUACAAAUGAGGAGCAUUGCAUGAAUAAACUUGCUAUUACUGCUGAGAGGCACGUAUGCAGAGUAAGAAAGCUAUCAGCUAAAAUUGUGAUAUAACACAAUUACAGAUUUGCCAUGACAAGAGAAAAUCUACAGCUUUUGUAGAUGUAGACUGUCAUCAUUAACAGAAUCGAUUCAAACCAAAACUAGUAAAAUUAAUAAUGAUUAUGGAUCUUGUACCAAUUCUAAGUCACAUUUAUCUCCAAAUGUAAGAAAUUCCAUAGCAGGCUGUUACAUACUGCACAUGUAUCGAUGUUAAUGAGAGCAUGAUCCGUGUUUUAUAAACAUUAGAGUCAUGAACUCUUUAUUACUGAUUUUUGGAAAUAAUAUGUAUAUUCAGUCUUUCAGUGUAGAAAUAUAACUAAAACCUUAAACAGGAUCAUCUGAAGCCAAUCUCCAUCUAGUUUAAGUCCAAUAAACCUUAUCACCAAACCAAACACCAAGCCUAUUUUUCAAAAUCCCAAGACAAUCAGAGGGUUUUAUAAAUGUUGGCAUUUUAUUUCACUGCCUAGCAGCUCAAACAUUAAAUGAUUCAGAUAUAUUGAACAUAUUAGUCUAGUUAUAAUAUACAAGCAGGUUAUUAUUCCUGGUUGAAGUGGAAAGAGAGUUAAAAGUAAUAUCUAAGGUUAUGAUAAUUAAUCAUCAUGUAAGCUCUUAUACACCAAUAUAAGGUCACCCAAAACUAGCUUUCAGUGAACAGACUAAAGAUCUAGGUUUCUCCAAUUUUCUUAACUCAAGGUCUUAAGCAAACAGAUAUACUUUGUAAAUUAGUUUUGAACAUGCUCAAGUCUUUUUUUUUAUGCCACUCGUUAUAUGACCAGAAUCCAUCUCUAUGUUUUCAUUUGGAUCUUAUCACUGUCUUAUACAAAGGAAUAAUACAGUCGAACAUCUAUAAGCAAAUGAGAGUCCUUAUUAAAUCACAGCAUUUUCUUAGCUGUUUAUUUAUAUGUCUAGCUAAGCUAAAGUCUUCUGAUAUUAUAAUACCCAAAUAAACAUCAUGAUUAUAUUUAGAAGUUAUCUGAUUUCCUAAGGCACAGAGAUAUUCAUUACUUGAAUUUCCUAUAUGGACUACUGUACACAUUUUACAAUUAAAGGAGACCCUGUUUUCAUUACUCCAUCUAGAAAGCUGUUCCAGAUGACUUUAUACGAGUUUUUGAUCAGAGCAGGAAGUUACUGCACUGGCUACCUUGAAUUCAUCAGCAAACUUCACUAACCUGCAGUCAUUGUUGACUGGUAGAGUAGUCAUGGCGAUGCAUGGCUCAUAUCUAGCACAUAGCGUCAAUCAUCCCCGAGUUAGCAACCUUCAAUUCUAAGUUGAGCAGCAAAAAAAAAAAGUCCAUUCUCCAGCAUGGUAACUCCAUCUUUCUAAGGAGUUCCAGGUCCGAUGUUUUGGGAUCCACAGAAAAAACUGCACCCCCCACACCCUGCAACUUAAAUAUACUAACUCUGAGAUCGCACUACAGUG